AUGAGUUUUCAUAAGGAAUUUUCUUCGCUUGAGCGUAAUAAUCAAGAAAGGCAUGAUUAACCUGAUUUAUCACUUUUUGAGAUUCAUAUGCAGCUUUACAAUAAAGUUUCUAAGUUUGAUAACUCUCCGCUUGAUCAAGAAAUUUCUAGAAAAGUACAGAAAUAAUAGAAAUAAGCGCUCAUUUAACUAAAGAGAAAAGAGCAAGACGAUCGAUCUUACAUUUAUGAAUUGACAAGAUAAGAAUUAAAAAGCAAGCCUAAUGAUUAUUUUUCAAUAAAGAAUAAGAAGAGAUAUUACAACUACUUAGUAAACAAGAAUCAGAUAGGACUGGAGAAGCAUAGUAUUGAAAACUCAUAAAAGCAAACUGUGAAGCGAUUAAAAAAUAUUUAUUCAUCUAAAGAUCUAACCUAAACUCUGGACUUAGAUGCAAGCUCGCACUUAAAAUCAACUAAUGAAAACUCAGCAGCCACGAUAAAUAAAAGCUAAUAUGGAUUCCUACAAAAGAUCAACAAUGUUACUUUAAUUAGCGACUAAGAAAAGGGUUGGAAAAAAAAUGAUAAUCAUUAUAUCUAGUCAAAGGACAGUUAAACUGUUAAAAGCAGACCAUUUCAAACAUUACCAAAUAAGCUGUUUUCCCCAUAAAAUCACAAGUCACCCAAUAUCAUGCAAUAGUAAAUGCCUACAGGAUGGGAAGAUAAUUUACAUAAUAGAUAGACAGCGGCAGCUCCAGAUGAUUACUCUUAGGAAUUACAUGACUUGUAUAUGAAACUGACUGAAAGAAAAAGCAGACUAGCUAGAGAGCCUGCCUUGAAAAAUAAGACUAUGCAUAAUUCUCACGAGAAAAUAAGGUCUUAGAGAGUACUACCUUAAAUAAACGUUUAAAAUGAUAAUUUGCAAAUAAACCUAUUCAAAAAUUAUCAAUAAAUUAGCAUUAAGAAUGAAAAACUCUGUCUUAAUAUUGAGAAAGUUAUGUUAACUAACAAAGCCUAGAACAACUACCAUUCAAUAGAUAAAAUUCUUUCAUCCUGCAGAGAGGAGAUUCUAAGAUCAAAGCUACCUGUCGGGAAGCGGAACAAUAUUUAAGAAUUAUCCCCAAGAGUGAAUUCAUCAAUUGGUGGAUCAAGCAGUGUGUCCAGACUUCAAAAUCUCUGA